AUGGGUGAUAGUCGAAGACUCUUCGAAUAUUUUGUUAUUGUUGGUUUGGAAGAUGGUGCUGAAGAUCUAGUACCUACCGCUCAGGAAUGUGGUUGUCGGAAUUCCGUUCCUUUAGCUCCUAUUACUGAUAUUUGUGUGAUUUUUCCGGGUUUGGGUGAAACGGUUCCGGAUGGAUUUGAACGUAUUACAAGUACACCGAUGGGAUAUGCAGCAGAUCUCAACCAUGGUUCACUGCGGACGCCCUCUGUCUUUUUAUGCUUCCGACGUGGGUACCACAAGCCACCUUUGGUCGAUAUUGGUGUGUUAGAUGAAGGUCGUGGAGAAAAACCCAUGCUUGACUCGAACACUGUGCUUACCACUCCUUUCGGUCGUUCUGCUAAUGUCAACAACGCGUCACCAGGUGUUUUCUUGACAUAUCGACGUGCACAGGCCAACAGUGCUCCAAGUCAACUUGUUGUCACUCAUAUUUGCGUGAUUUUAGCAAACAAAGGCGAAGCUGCUCCUCAUACGUACUAUAAAAUUCCAAAAAAUUUAAACAAGGGUAUGGUUGGCUCAGAUGUGUUUUUAUGCUAUAAGAAGUCGCAAGGAACAUCAAAACGAAUAGCUUACAAACCGGUGGUUUUGGAUCACUUUCCUUCAGAUAAUAAAUUUACAUUAGCACAAAAUAUACCAAUGUUCUGUCUACCAAUGGGUGCUCUGAUUGAGUGCUGGCCAGCUCGAUGUCAACCACCAGACAAAUCAUUUUCUACUUUUGUUUUGACUGAUCAGGAUGGAAGUAAAUUGUACGGGUCUUCUGUUACUUUUUACGAACCGUACAGGAAACCUCUCAGUCUAGAGCAAAUGGAGAAAUUGGAAUUAGUAACUGAAAUGGUAACGUGUGGAACGGUAGAAGACGCUUCAAAUACUAACGAUCCUGCUGAACAGAUGACAUUCCACAGUAACAUGUCAAUUUGCAUUAUAUCGAGAUAUCCAUUUUUUAAUGCAUUCAAGCGAUUUUUAUAUUACUUGCAUCGCAUGUCGUUGUCGGGUACACACUCUGUCCCCCUGGAACGCUACAUUUCUCAUCUUCUAUAUGAAGUAUCGUUUCCUUCACCACGGUGCCCACGUGUGUUGGUUCAGCUGGGUAAUGAAACUAUUUCUUUCGAAAGCCAUGAUGAUUCGCAGUUGCCUCUUUCUGGUGCCGCGUUUUUCGACACACUGAAGUGUUUAGGACCAGAAAAUCUCAUGUAUCUAAUGUUGCUUGCAUUGCUGGAACAGAAAAUAUUGGUUCAUUCGUUACGUCCAUGGCUACUUACAGCAGUUGCAGAAAGCGUUUGCGCUUUAAUGUUUCCAUUCCACUGGCAGUGCCCAUACAUUCCACAGUGUCCGCUAUCACUAGCUGGUGUCCUUCAUGCUCCACUUCCAUUUAUCGCAGGUGUCGAUUCUAGGUAUUUUGAUCUUUAUGAAGACCCACCUUCCGAUGUCACUUGUUUUGAUCUUGAUACUUCGACUAUCAGCUUUUCUUCUGUUCGACAAACGCUAAGGCUUAGCAUGCUUCCUAAGAAAGCUUCGCGGCAGCUUAAAAGCACUCUUGAAAAGCUUCAUAGACGACUUUACCAAGAAGAAUUCAAUGUGAUUACUUUGCGAAAGAAUAUGGAUUUCAUGCCUCUAGACAUUGAUUAUGAUAUACAGCGAAAAAAAAGAAUGCUUGAAAUUAAUGUUCAGGAAGCUUUUUUAAGAUUUAUGGCUUCAUUAAUGCAGGGAUAUACUGCAUUUCUUAGACCUAUUCGUUGUGCUCCUCGUUGCGUUGGAGCUACGGAUACUGGCUCUCUUUUUGAUUUAGAUGCCUUUCUUCGAUCUCGUGAUAAGUCUUCGUUAGAAUUCUUUAAACGCUUCAGUGAAACACAAUCGUUCAACCGUUUUAUUGAGGAGCGUUCAUUUAUUUCUGACAAAAAUACUUUUAAUGCCUUCUUUGAUGAUUGCAUUGCUAAAAUUUCUCAAAGUGAGAUUAAAUUUUUGCUUGAUAAACGCAAUCAUCUUUCAGAUGAUCGUUCUUGGAAUGAUUCUCUAGUGGAAUAUGAAGUGUCCGCAAGUUGUCAAACGGAAUUCGUACCGCCUCCAGAGGCGAUCAUCAAUUCACAGGAUCAAGAAGUGGCUUAUAAAUAUGAUUAUUUUCCACGACAUCUUCAGUCAGCAUUGUUUCAGCUUGAACAUCUACGCAAAAUGAGCUCAGAAAUAAAAAGCACAGUGGCUAGCAGCGAUGGUUUGGAAAAUGCCUUGAUUCGUACGAAACAAGAAGCUCGGGGUGCCAUUGAAACAGCUAUCUUAAAUGCACGACAUUCACCUGUUACUUGGCCAAAGACGUUACUUUUUUAUGCAUAUUCAGUCUGGUUCAUGUUAUUGCCUUCACUUAUUCAUCUUGCGAAAUCGAAAAUAAAAAUUUUGCGGCUCGCACUUCAUAUAUUAGAUCGAAUGGAAUAUUCAGGUGUUUUACCACUUGAUCAAGUAUGUUAUCGCAUUGUGAUUCAAUUGUGUGGCGAUUUCGGGCAUCCUAUUCUUGCUGUCAAAGUUUUGCAAGCAAUGCAGAGAAGCGGUAUGGAACAGAAUGCCGUAACCUAUGGCAUAUAUCAUCAAGCUGUUUUGAAAGGUGGUUGGCCAGUAGGAGAUCAGAUCGAAGCAGUGAAGGCUUGGAAUCGUUUAGCUAUCGUAAUACGCGCUACUUCAUUAUUUAAAAUGAAUCUGUCACUUGCUUCACGUCGUCGUUCUUUACAGCCCGAUUCAUCAUCGUCUGCUGAAAACCGUUCGUUCAAUGAGAGUAGUUCGUAUGAUGGUACGAUGAGGGAAGAUGAGCAAGAUGAAAUCGCUGAAGAGUCUACUUCGGUAGUCGAAAAUUAUUCAAGUGAUUUGAUGGAUCCACUGGGUGCUUUGAGUGCAUCGCAUAAUUUAUCAGUGGCACUACCAAAACAAACUACUGAAACAAUGAGUCCAAGUCGUGCACGGUUUAUAAAAGAACAUAGUGUGUCUCCAUUUGCUAAUGAGCUACAGCAUGAUGAAAUGGUAGAGGUGAAAUUGAGUGAAAAACCAAACUCUUGGCUUCGAGGUUUGACAAACAGCCCUAUUGUUAGCAAGCUUAUGCGCAGUAGUACUGCAGGAAAUUUCGAUUCUCCUUUUGACAAAAAUGAUACUUCGCUCACACUAUCACCAAGUUUGGCAUCUUUGGUUAAUCAAAUGAAAAAAGGUUAUGACGAUGUACUGCAAGCUGGAAAUCUGUCAUCACGUCUUCGCGAAGGAGUGAACUCCUUGGUGAAUGAAGUACGCAGUUUAAAUCGUUCGUACGCAAAGGAUGGAAGCGAAAGUACUCAUAGCUCGCAGCGUGAAACCAAUGAGCAGCCAGACCAACAGCUACAUUUAAGUGACCCAUUAUUUCAACUGGAUACGGGUUCACAUUGCUCCCUUCUUUCAUCAGACUGGUGGUUAGAGGAUCAGAUUUUUGCUUCUGCUUCAACUCCAAAUGAACUUAUUGAUGUCGCGAUCUCUUCAGCUUCUCUCUGCCCAGCAUGCAAAAUGGUUGUGUAUGAUGAGGACUUGAUGUCUGGAUGGUCAGUUGAUGAAUCAAAUUUAAAUACGAGUUGUGUUUAUUGUGAUUGCGCUUUUGUUCCUUCGCUGACUAUUAAAAUUUGCUCUCGAGAAGUGCCAGUGGAGAGCAGUUGGUAUUUGCCAUCAUCGUUUGGUGUUGGUGCAUCUAGUGAUAAUGCUUCACAUUGCAAUGGUGAUAAGGAAUUUGUAGACAGUCAAUUAUCAGUUCCGUUUUUAAGUCCACUUGUUUUACGUCGCGAGUUGGAAAAUUUAUUAACUGGGAAUUGUUUGCUUCCUGUACAUUCAUCUUUAAGACACUCAAAUCCUAUCGUUUUUUGGAAUGUUCUUUAUUAUUCUCGUCGCUUAUCUUUACCUACACAUUUUCCUAGCUGGAUUGGUCAGUCAGUUCAUGUGCGUUGUGUCUAUGACGUACCCGUCCUACAUACAGAUUGCACUCCUCUAUUUUUUGUAAACCCAUCGUAUAAGAAUGGUAUAUUACCAACUAGUGAGCGUAAUGUCAGCAUUUGGCGACAUGUUGUAACAGCUUUACAGCAGUCUAGCAUUCUUCGUGCAUUACAAGCUAUUCUGUCCGAAAAUCGUAAUGCUGUAGAUAAUGGCAAAUUUCCUCGUCGAUUUCCAUUAUUUAGAGAUGUUCAAUUUGUGGCAUUGGACAAGUUUGGUAGCGCAGUUGAUCGAGAUCAACUGGAUGAACAGUAUCGUUCUGAUUUCGAACGACUUCCUCCUCGGAUUUUGCCAAUGCUGCCUUGUUCCGACUAUCCUCCUAAAAGCCUUUCCAGGAUAUGCCGAAAAAUUUUUCUCCCGCUUGAUGUGUUUUAG